AUGCAAAGGGCGACAGUUACCGCGGACGGUUUUGCGCGCGAAACCUCAUCGCCGACUCGGAUAGCGCAAAGAGAUGUGCGAUAUCCAACGGCCAACCUCGGAUCGCUGAACCCGACAUUUACGCCGCCCAGCAGCUGCGCGUCCCUGACUGUUGGCUACGUUGGACACUACAAGGGACCGGCCCGGAUCAUCACCUUCGACUACGGCCACGCAUGCGAUGCGCUGUCGUCGCGGGGGCUCGAUCCGUCCUGCUACCCGCCGCGCUUCGCGGCGGCCUUCAACAACCUGAACGAGAACGCCGAGCCGAGCGACAACAUAUACCCAGUGCUUUCGCCGGCGUCGAGCUGCCCGGCCGGCUAUGUGUCUGCGUGCGGAUUCACGAGGCUGGCGUCGUCGUCCACCACCUCGGCGGCAAGCGACGACGCGGACAGCACUGCCCUUGGAGUGACUGCCAACGCCGGCUUUGAGAGCAUGAUGGGCCAACUUCUCGGACCGACACAGACGGCAGUGGGCUGCUGUCCAAGUGGCUACGCAUGCUUCGAGAGUCGCCCGUAUCAUUGCAUAUCGCAACCCUCGAUGGGUGGUAUUAUAACUGCAGACGCAAACUCUUUUUGCACCUCGCACAAAACCGACAUCCAAGAGUUCACGGCUGUCUCCUCCACCGAUAGCAUAUACGCCGACGCUCCUUGCAUUGUCCUGGUCCAAGACCAGCCGCGCACCGAGCCCGCGACGGCCACACCCUCUUCUACCCCUUCUACCUCCCAGACUGCUUCAUCACAAACCGCUGUUUCCUCCAGCAGCGACCUUUCAACUGGUGGAAAGGCGGCGAUUGGAGUCUGCGUUCCCUUGUUUGCUAUUUUUUUGGGCUUGGCUGUAUUCAUGUUCCUUCGUCGUCGUCGGUCACGUCGCCACAUCGCUGGUGCAUCUGCAGAUCCAGACAAUGCUGCCGUCACCGCGAUGUCUGAAGCGCCUGCAAACGAUGACAAGGCGGAAAUGGAUGGCUCCGACCCCAGACAGUCCACCGUAAUGGAGAGCCCGUAUGAGCGCGGGGUGUCGGUGCUUUCGGACCGCUCCGUCACCCCCAGCCAAAGUGUAAUUAGCGCAAGUAGAACAUCGGAGCUGUACGGAUCAAUGCCGCUACCUCGCCUGCACGAGGAUGUCAUGGAACUACCUGCCGAUACCACGAAACCCGUGGUCCGAAAACCAGUGCCCGAACAGCGGUAG